AUGCAACAGCAGCUUAUGGGACACUCCAUCCCCCAGGUACCAUUGAACAACUUCCUCAAGGUCCCUCCGGCGCAGAGAACCUAUAGCCGCGACGACUGGGCAAAGAUCACUCUCCGACCCCGUGUCAUGCGCAAUGUCGCUAGAGUGUCGCUCCGUAGCAGAAUAAUGGGCCACGAGAAGAGCCUUCCUGUAUUUAUUUUUCCAACUGCCCUCGCAAGGCUAGGCCACCUUUACGGCGAUAUCUGUUUGGCGCGUGGUGCUGCGCGCCACAAUAUUGUCUACGCCGUCUCGACAUACCCGUCCACUUCCCAUGAAGAAAUUGCUGCAUGCUGUGAGGCCGAAGGUGCAUUUCAUCCCAAUCUUCGAUUCGGUGGAGGUGCCGUGACCUUUCAGCUAUACCUACCGCUCAAUAAAGAGAAGGGGGUCGCGAGCGGGUACCCAAGCGCCUUUGGCUGUCAUCGGAAGCAGAUGAGAGCGGUUGAAAGCUGA